AUGUGUGAUGGGCGUUUACUAAAAAAAAGAGUCGACUCUUUGAACCGGUUCUUUUAGCUGGGUGCCGACUCAAAUCUGGCUCGUGCUUCAGGUACGGUGAAUACAGCGAUGUGUUGAGACACUGUCCACAUAUAUAUGCUUUUAUACAUUAUAUUGUGACUGUGUGCGACUGAAUGAAUGAAAAUUUACAUUUAAUAUUUUUUAUGUUAUUCCCGUCAUCUGUGGCUCUGUGUUCCGAGUCGUAGUUACUGAAUCUUCCGGCAGGGGGCGCUGAGCAGGUCUGCUGUGUAAUCCAGAGAAGAAGAGCUGCUGAUUUCUGCCUUUAGCUCACAUGCUAAUCACCUCAGCAUCAUUCUGAGGGGAAUUUACAUUGAUGCAGACAGAUGGUCUUCUGACUUCACGUGGAGGGACGUCAGACCCCGAGGACUAACAAAAUGGAGAAUUCCAGAAGAAAACUAUUAAAGAGGAAGAACCUGACGAUGAAGAAUAUUUCUGUAAGAUAAGAGCACGGUAGAGAAUCCGAAACGAAAUAAGUCAAAAGUACAAAUAUUGCAAAUAAAUUUCAUUGAUGGGACUUUAGAUAGAGGGACAUCAAGCUUUGUGGGACACCUCAUCCCUGUGGACCAACAGGAUGAAGGAUUUCAAGAGAAGCACCUGAAAGAACAAAAACUGCUCCACUGACAGUAUUGUCCAUAAUUUAGAAUUUUUUUAUGUCCAUUUUGUGUCUCUGGACCUUUAGAGUGUUUCUGUAGAUGCCUUAUUUAUGCCUUAGGUGAUACAGAGCUGGUAUAGUAAUGAAUACACACAGCUACCAAACCAGUUAUGCUCAUUUGUAAACCAUUUGUUUAUCUAUGUUUAACAGUUGUUUAUUUUUUUCCUUCUCCUCUUUUUUCUGCAACAAUGAAAGACCCAGCGAGGGACACAAUCGCCUGCUCCUCCUGUCCCUGGUCCUAUAGGUCUCAAAUUUACCUUUUCAGACACAUCAGAAGAUUGCAUCAUGAUGAAUAUGAGACACAGAAGAAACCCAGUGUUUACUGUGAAAAUACGAGGCCUAGAAGAAGCGCCUGUAGUCAGCCAGAGUUCCCUGAGAUUCUGCAGGCUAACAUCACUCCUGGGCAGAAAGGAACUCAUCAGUCCUCAAACACUGAGGAACAGUUUACUCACCAAAAUCACCUCGACCUGCCCGGGCACGUUUACGCAAGAGAGAAACCCUUUUACUGCUCGCCAUGUGGAAAGAAUUUCGUAAGGACAAUCUCCGAACGCAUAUGCGCAUUCACUCGGGAGAGGUGUUCUGCUGCUUGCAGUGUGGGAAGAGUUUUAUCCGAGCGAGUCAUCUCCAACUACACCAGCGUAUUCACACGGGAGAAGCCGUAUCAGUGCUCGCGGUGUUGCAAGAGCUUUAAUCAAACGAUGGCGCUUUUAAAAGACACCAGAGCACUCACACAGGAGAGAAGCUGUAUCCGUGCUCGCACUGCGGGAAGAGUUUUAGCCAGCUGGCUAAUCUCCAAACACACCAGCGCGUUCACACAGGAGAGAAGCCGUUUCACUGCACCGACUGUGGGAGGAGUUUUAGUUUACUCAAUACGCUGCAGUUACACCAGCGAAUCCACACAGGAGAGAAACCGUAUUACUGCUCUGACUGUGGGAGGAGUUUUAAUCAGGUCUGCGCGCUUAAACGACACCAUCGCAUUCACAUGCGAGAGAAGCCUCGUCACUGCUCUCAGAGUGGGAGGAGUUUUAGUGACGGAGGUCAGUUCGAGGCAUGUCAGUACGUUCACACAGAUGAGAAGCCGUAUGAUGGCUGGAAGUGUCUUGAAGUCAGUGAAGCCGUAUGAAGACCCGUGGCUGUGCGGAUGUGGAACACUUAACAUAAACGCUGGGUACUUGUGAGUGUGUUACUGUGGAGUGUAACAGUUGUGGUUCACACAGGUGAAGCACUGGGGAUCUGCUGUUGAAGUGCACGAUUUCUGCGUGUAAUGAUUCUCUGGCUUCAUUGUUUAUUUUUAGUCCCAACUCAUGAGCACAAACAUCAAUACUUCCCAAAAUCAGGCCGACGUCAUCAGCAGCGUCUGCCACAUCAUGCUAAAAAGUAAAUACGGUAGAGACAGCUAGCUGGAUCUAUACUGAAUGUUUAUUGAACCAUAUUUACAACUUACACAGAUAAACAGCUUGCUAGCGGUUGUCUACUGUAACACGGAACACAUUUUGGUGUGAACACGAAGAGAGUAAAUUAAACUUUAAACUCAUGGCAAUAAGAAUUAUGGCAACGUUGGCGCUAUUACUUGUGGCCUUAUAACAUGUAGAUUAUGGAUUUGGAGACGUUUAAUUAAACCUUAUGUGAGCUCGUCA